AAAAAGCAACAGGCUAUGUUUAUUUUAUUAAAUAUACAAAAUUGGGUAAUAGCAUUUCUAGUGGAAGUGAUAUUGGCAACAAUAUGAAUCGACCAAAUGCAGUUACCAUUGACCAAACAACUGCUCAAUUAGAAUGGAAAAUAAAUGCACUUUUAGAAACCAGUCCUUUGAUUCAAUAUUUAAUAGCCAUUGAUGUAAGAUUCAACUUAAGGAGAUAG